AGAUUCGUUUCGUUUCAAACGCAUCUGUUUUUAGCACGCCUCGCUGAGCUAUCUCCACCGACGGGAGUCUGUCUUGCGUGUGUCUCCGCAGCCAACGGCGGAUUCCCUUCGAGGAUCGCUUGUUUCAAAACAUGCCGAGCAAGGCGUUACCCGUUCCUGGCAGCAAGACUCGAAUCCCACACACCCCCGCCCACGCCCCUCUCCAACUGGCCAGCCCGCCGAUGUCCACGCCGCCGACCUGCAUACGGUGUGUUACCUCAAACACCACAAAUCACUUCGAGAUGGUGGUGUCCAUUUCAUUUCCAGCCCCUCGUAUGAGGGCGUCAGACUGGAAGUCUGACCUGCCGGUCGGGGAUAUCACUGGCCGGAAGGGGGUUUCAGCGGGUUGCGACAAGCAGGCUGACGGCGCGGAGCAUGCAUGGAAGGUUUCCAGAAGACUCUCCCCAAGACGCAACGGACAGACGCAACGGACAAACGCAGGGGUGCGGCUGAGAAGCUGGAGAGGCGAGAUCUGGCUGGCUCGGUGAUCCCGUGCUCCCCAUCUUGAUAACUCAUCGGUACGUAAUUCUCGCCCGUUGCCGUGGCGUCAGGGGGAAGAUCCGCGGAUCCGAUAGGUCUCUUGCCUGUCUCGGCCCCAAUAUCCCAUCGUGAUCAAUAUUUCGUCAUUUUCCACCCGAGCCUUGGAAGGGAGAGUCGGGCGAUAGGAAGGGCUCGAUCCUACUACGACGCUCC